AUUGAAAUCUAUGACUCUUCCAUUGCAAAAGUUGAUCUCCACAUCGAAAUCCACUUCCCCUCUCACUCCCUUACCAAACUCCACGCGCCGCCCUCCUCUCCUCCAUCGCUGCCGUCACCGUCACAUCUCUCUCCUUCUUCUCUUUUUAUCCCUGCUCCUCCUCCUCCUCUUCUUCUUCUUCUUUGUGUCUACGUAGUUUCUUUUUUCCAUCGAAGAAGAGGGUGAGGAUUGAGGGGUAUUCUGUCUAUGUGUCUCUAGAAGAAGAUAUGGGCGGAGUUACUUCGUCAAUUGCCGCCAAGUUCGCCUUCUUUCCGCCUAACCCUCCUUCUUACACCGUGAUCGCUGACAGUGAAGUUGACGGUCGAUUAUCUAUUCCUGAGGUUCCCAGGAAGGACAACGUUGACGUGCUUCAGCUUCGAACUCGUCGAGGCAAUGAAAUCGUGGCUGUUUAUGUCAAGCAUCGCAAGCCGACUGGUACUAUGCUUUACUCGCAUGGGAAUGCCGCUGAUUUGGGUCAGAUGUUCGAGCUCUUUGUCGAAUUGAGCAAUAGGCUUCGUCUUAAUGUGAUGGGUUACGAUUACUCUGGCUAUGGACAGUCAACAGGAAAGCCGACUGAAUAUAAUACAUACGCAGAUAUUGAUGCUGCUUAUAAAUGCUUAAAAGAGAAAUAUGGUGUGAAAGAUGAACAGUUGAUAUUGUAUGGUCAAUCUGUUGGGAGUGGUCCCACAGUUGAUCUUGCUUCACGGUUACCUGGGCUGAGAGGUGUUGUCUUGCACAGUCCAAUUUUGUCUGGGCUGAGGGUACUGUAUCCUGUAAAACGAACAUACUGGUUCGAUAUUUACAAGAAUAUUGACAAAAUUGGCAUGGUGAACUGUCCUGUUUUGGUUAUACAUGGGACAACAGAUGAAGUUGUGGAUUGUUCCCAUGGGAAGCAGCUUUGGGAGCUUUGCAAGGAAAAGUAUGAACCCUUAUGGGUAAGUGGUGGGGGACAUUGUAAUCUAGAGCUUUACCCAGAAUUCAUUAAACAUCUAAAGAAAUUUGUACAGACAAUUAGCAAUUCUAAAUCAGCCGCAAAUGGUUCUCAGAAAGAUACAGCAGAAAAAACUGAGAAUCAAACCAAAGCUUGCAAGGAUUCUGAAGGUGGAACUUCAGACACAAUUGAAUUGGCAGCUGAUCUUCCAGAAGCUUCUCGAAACAGUUUAGAUAGCAGUCUUGAGAAGUCUAAAAUAUCAAACAAACCAGAAAAAUCUCGAAUGAGCACUGACCAUGUUGAUAGGUUUAGGAGGAAAAAAGGCCUAAUUUGGUAGUUUCUUAUACAAACCAUAUCCAGAAUAAAUUAUCUACAAGUAAUACUUGGCAGGUAUUCUAAUUCCCCCGUCCUCGAGGAAUCAUAUACCAAUUCUAAAUGAAUAUAUCGAGUGAGAUUUCAGUGUUAUUUUUCUCCCGCUUUAGGUCCAUAACCCUGCUGUAUGUAUGUUAAAUGAUUGAGUAAUGUGUAUCUGUAUGUUCUGUAAUACGAACAGCUGGAUCUAAAUGCAAUUAUUAAGUUCAAUUUGUUCUGUAAAUUUUAAAAUUGUCU